AUGAAGAGCCUUCUAGCUCUGAUAUUGCUCACAGAAUUCCUUCGAACACGAGCUUCUUUUCGCGAAGGAGAACUUUAUGCUAAACUACUCGAGGAGUAUGAACCGCUUGAAAGGCCUGUGGCAAACAGCUCCUUACCGGUGGAUGUGAAAAUGGGCCUCGUUUUGCAACAGAUCAUAUCCGUCGACGAGAAGAAUCAACUUGUUGAUGUGAAUGCAUGGCUGAAACUGUCAUGGCACGAUUACUCCUUAGAAUGGAAUCCAAAGGACUACGAUGGAGUAUCUGAUUUGAGGUUUAAAAAGUCGCAACUGUGGACACCUGAUGUCCUUCUGUACAACAGCGCCGAUCCGCAAUUCGACAGCUCAUUUCAGUCAAAUGUACUAGUAUAUCCCGAUGGAAUGGUGAAUUGGAUACCACCCGGUAUAUUUCGAAUUUCAUGUCGAAUCGCUGUUGCAUGGUUUCCAUUUGAUGAACAGGAAUGCUUCCUCAAGUUCGGUUCAUGGACUUUUGACGGCUCGAAGAUCAAUCUGGAAGUGGAUGAGAACGGUUUUGACAUUUCCAGUUACAUCCCGAAUGGUGAAUGGGAACUUAUAGCCACAUCAGCUACUCAAAACAUACAGCACUAUCAGUGCUGCCCAGAGCCCUAUUACGAUAUUGUUUUCACCUUUGUAAUUCGCAGGAGAGUACUAUACUAUGCAUUCAACCUCAUUCUACCUUGUAUAUUGAUCACACUGCUCACAUUGAUCGGCUUCACACUACCACCUGAUGCUGGAGAGAAAAUGUCUUUACAAAUCACGAUCAUGCUGUCCAUCUGUAUCUUUCAAAAUUAUGUCGCUGAAAUGUCUCCACCUACAUCGGAAGCUCUUCCUUUCCUAGGAGCGUUCUUUGCGCUAUGUAUGUGUACAUGUGCUUGCUGUGUGGUUGCCACGACGCUAGCUUUGAACUUUCAUCACCGGAACUCGUACUCGCACGAGAUGGGAGAAAUGUUUCGCUGCGUGAUGCUGAACUGGCUGCCAUGGUUGCUCAUGAUGCACCGGCCGGGAUAUAGAGCCAAAGCUGGGAAAAUGGGAAGCGAGGAUAGCGAUGACGAUGAACUUGUCAAGCAUAAUGUUUGCAUCGAGUCGAUCCUAUCCAAAAUAUCUACACCCGUCCCACCAAAAUUGACCAUGGUUGACGAAUUCGAUCAGCGACAGCCGGCUGAGCAGCGCCGUCAUCUUUGGCGAAAGGGUUCUCGACUGCUUCCAGAACGCUCCGUUGUUCCACUGAAUGAGGUCACAGAGGAACAAAUCGCUCAACUACUUGUACUUAACGAAAUUCAUGAACACUUGUCUGUGAUUUUGGCGGAAAUUCAAGAAAAAGAAAGUAACAAAAGCGUUGAGGACGACUGGAAAUUCGCCGCAAUGGUGAUCGAUAGGCUUUGUCUCUACGUUUUCUCUGUAUUUAUUCUGUUUUCAACGUGUGCCCUGUUUUCAUCUGUUCCAAAUUUCAAAGUUUUUUCUAACAGUACUCAUACAAAUUAA